AUGUUUGGUGUGCCUGUGGUUUUGGAUGAUGAUGAUGAUGGUGAAGGUGAUGAUGGGAUGUGUGUGGUCGAGUGUGAUGACGGGGGGGUGUGGGGUCCUCGGCGGGGUCACAGUGAGUGUGUGCUGUGGACGGUCAUUCUUCUGCUGUGGAACCUCAUGCUGCUGAUGAUGUGUGCGGUUCUCCUGCUGCUCGUCUUCAGUGUCGUCCUGCUGCCCGCCGCCCUGCUGCUUUACACCGGAUUCCUCUGUCACUCACGGGUCGUGGCUUCAACGGCUCGUCUCUGUCGAUACCUUGACGACAACAGUAGCUCCGCCCUAACCAUCCUGGGCUUUGUGAUGAUGUCACCAUUGGUUGUGGUUGCUGCGGCGCUAUUCUGUGCUCUUCUUAGGCGGCUACACAUCUUCUUAUAUUUCCAGCCAAUCACAGGAGCUCGUCAUCAUGGGCGGGGUCUGUGCUGGAGGCGGGACGUUCGUGUCUGGGUUUGA